AUGAUACACAACAAAAACAAUGUGACUGAGAUCCCCAGUGUGGACCUUUUGACUUUUCUAUUUGGUAACUUUACUCGGUGUUCUCGUGUAAUCGCAAGACUGAUCUCACGCCCACAGNAAUCCAAUCAUUGCGCAGCGAAAGAAGACACGCCCUUGUACGCAGAAGCCAGCGAUCCCACAAAGUUCAUCACAAAGUGGAGAGCGCGAGUUCUCACUCGUCAGAUUGCUUACUUUCUGCGCCAUGAGUAUGGCAUUGGUCAACAUGGUGUUGGGGAAGAUGUAGUGGCUACGGUGUCCACAGGCCAACACGCACUCGCAUGUCUAUUCUUCGGUGUCAUUGCCGCCGAGGGUGUAUACUCGGCUGCAAGUCCAGGCGCCACAGUCGAAGAACUCGUGCGACAGAUCAAAGACGGCGCCGCCAAGAUACUCGUCUGCAGUGCCGAUGUCAAAGCCCUGGCAGAAGACGCUGCAGAAACCGUGGGAAUGUCGAAACGAAACGUGCUUGUCCUCUCAUCAACCCCAGAAAUCAGACUGGAAAGCAUUGAUGCAAGUGUUUGUUGCGAGUUCGAGCAGGAGCUUGCUUGGAGACCAAUCACCGAUCCCAAAGAAUUGGAACAGAGCAAGAUUUGCAUGCUCUACUCAUCCGGAACCACGGGUUUGCCAAAAGGUGUUCUGAUAUCGCAUACAAACAUGGUAGCGGAAGCUUUUCUACCCGCCUACAUCAACCGACCCAUCUGGCAAGAGUGGACAACAGCAGGAAAGCCUUUCGAAUUGCGCACUCUGGCACAUCUUCCAACAGCCCACAUUUCCGGCGUGCAAGGAUACUUUGUCAACGCCUUUUAUGAUGGAGGAAUUGUGUACUGGAUGCCUUCAUUUGACUUUGGCGCGUUCUUGAAGUAUAACGUGCAGUAUCGCAUUACUACAUUCUUCAGUCUGCCAAAGAUUUACUUGGGACUGGCUAGACAUCCGGCAGUCACUGAUCAGUUGAAAGCCCUGGAGAUUGCUUACUCGGGAGCUACACCUUUGAACAAAGACGUCUAUCGUUGUGCAAAGUUUGGAGGCGAGGAAGAGGAUAGGACGCUGCUUAGCCAGACUUGGGGAGCCAGUGAGACCACUGGCGCCGUCACUCAUGUCUCUCCUGCGAUGAGAGAGACUUCUGGUAGUGUAGGAGCACUACUUCCAAACAUGUUGAUGAGGUAUAUUUCGAGAUCAUCUUGA